CCGUUUCUCUCCUCUCUUUUCAAACGGAAGAGUGUUUGUUUCUUCGUUCCUUAAAAAAACGUCACCGCGUGAUAUCUAUAUUUGAAUGCGCUUAUUUGGUCCUAAAAAUUCAGCGUUUGGUUUUAAGCUAUGAAAUUUUUUUUUAUCAGUGCAAUGGAUACAGAUACAGAUCCUCAUGUUUAAAGCUUGAUCCCCCUGAAAUUGACCUUGACCUCCCGAAAUAUUUAAGCAAGGUUUGAUUAAUAUCCUUAAUGUUUUCCGAUGAUAUUCUACGACUUAAAAAUCACACGAUCCGGCCGCCAAAGAUGCUAAAAAAGCACAAACACAGGUGGCUAAGUUUUUUUAACACGUAAUUUUUUUAAGUAAGGAUUCAUUAUCAUGGCUUCCGUCUCCGUAAUGUUAUCCAUGGUUUUGCAGACGUAUUCGGUGUCUGUAGUGUCUAUGGCACAUUCGUUGCAUUUGCUCGGUUUCCCCCCGAGGAAAGUGAGAAGCAGGAAAAACAAGGAAAACAUGGAAAGCACGGAUAGCCCGGAAAGUACGGAGAUGGAAAGCACGAAAGGCACAGAAAGCACAAAGAAAACAAGACGCACGAAAAGCACAAAAGGCAAAAAACGCACGAGAAGCACAAAAACUAAAAGCACGGAAAGCAAAAAACCCAAAAGCACGAGAAGCACAAAAACCAAAAGCACGAAAAUCACAAAAACAAAAAAAAAUACGAAAACACCAAAAAUCAAGAAAAGCGCAAGGAACACGAGGCUUCCGCGAAUAAGUAAAAGCACGGAAAGCACCAAAAUUUCAAAAACCACUGAAGUUAUUGGAAGCACAGAAAUUUUGACAACCACAAGGCACGAAACGACAAGGUCAAGACCUAAAAUUAUAUCACCUUUUGAUGCAAUUUUUAGAGAAAAUGAAAUAGUGCCACAGAUCGUUAAUAACACACCAAUAUACAAAUGUGAGGUUGAAUAUGGCAAGGAGAAAAUACAUUUUGGGAACAACAUGACGGCAGAUCAAAUCGCAGAAAAACCAACUUUAAUCAAGUGGCCUACGCAGAGUGGUGCUUUUUAUACUCUUCUCAUGUUUGGACCUGAUGUCCCAACGCGGGAGAAAUCUUGUGAGAUGAUGUGGCGACAUUGGGCAGUUGGGAAUAUCCCCAAGAAUGACAUCGAUAAAGGAGACACCUUAGUCGAAUACGAAAAUAUCGAACCUUUCUAUAGGGCAGGUUUUCACAGGAUAUUGUUUUUUAUUUAUAAACAGCCAGGAAGAAGGAGAUUGAACUUCACAUCAAGUAAAGGGGUUAUUAAGAAAGGAUCGAAAUGGGAAGUGCGAGGAGUCUGGUAUAUUGAGCGUUUUCUCGCUAAAUUCAAUCUGACCGAACCAAUAGCAGCGAACUUUUUCUUUCUUUAUGAUUUGAAUCCUCAUCCAGAAAUUCCACACGUUACUGUAGAUCCACUGUCACUAAUUCGAUGAUGACCACUCACUUUUUGCAAAAAUAUAAGAAUUGAAAAAAAUUAAA